AUGAAUGUGUUCUUGCAAAAGCGAAAUCCUCCCCUUGCAGUCUCCGACCUGUUCACGGACAUUCAGGAUGGCAGAAUGCUCAUGGCGCUCCUGGAGGAGCUGUCUGGCUGCAAACUAGUAAGAACUCCCUCAUACUUUUCAUCUCAGAGCCACAAAAAAAAAAAAAGUAUUUUGUUGGAAUAGAGCAACACAAAUUGGGGGUGUAUAAAGUCCAAUAUUUUUGCUUCAGUCAGACUGAGUUCCCAUCUUGCCACAUAUUUAAGCAAGAAUCUUGUUGACUUUGACUAGGUCAUUCAAUUAAAAUCGUUCCACUUUUGCUCCAGUUGUAUGUUUUAGAUGAAUUCAAUCUUUUAUUUUAGUUUCAAGUCAGUCACCAGCUGCGUUUCCGUUACAAUUGUGCGCAAAACUUUGUCGAUAUGCCACUAGUGUCGAAAAAACACAAUUUCCCAAUUGCUGUUUUUCCAUUAAAUAAGAAACAAUUAAAAUCACACCGGAAUACAUUUACUCAUGGAAUAAGUAAUUAAAAACCAUGCGGCUCUAUUGUCCUCCCACCCCUUCCUUUUGUCUUCUUUGUCUUUUCCACCAGUAGUAACAUCCUGUUAUUGAUCACAUGACUGGUGUGAUGCAAAAAUAGUGCUUCCAUUGCAGUUUUGAGAAAUACACAACUUGUGAUGCAGCCGAAAAACGUGAGCUUGUUCAAAAUUGACGUGUCCAUUAAGCAAAUUUAUUGUAAUUAGCUCCACCCAUCCACUCCUGGCAUGCUGCUGAAGAAUAGCAUGGCCACAUUAUGAUAUGGCCACCACCAUGUUUUAGGUGGUGGCCAUUUUGUUUUAGGGUACGGGUGGUGUGUUCAGUACGGUUUCAACUAAACAGAGCAUCUCCUGCCACCUGUUCACUGUAUCCUGUGGGUCAAACUCCAAUAGCUAUAGAUUUCCACCAGCAACUUCUCCUGGUAAGAAUCAGGACUUUUUUCUACGCUUCGCUCCGUCCGGAGGGUCUGGACCUCUGGCUUUUCAGAAACGACUGCUUACUGGAGACCCUGGACUCAGCUGAAAUUUUAAACGAUUGGAUUUGCUUUUCAACAAUCACUAACGUUUGGCCAUAUGUAAUGUGUGAACUCAACCGUGAAGGAAACUACACUGUGAAAUUGAACAACAUCUUUGCCAGCAAUAAAAUGUCCCAAACGCUUCUCUUGCUCCAACUUACAAUUUUCAAUAGUAGGGCAAAUCCGGACUGAACGUCUUUGUUCACUUCCUCUGCUGUCAUUGCCAAGCUGCAAGCAUAGGCAGAAUACAAUUCUAAAAACAGCACAGAAAAUCAACGUCAUCGUUUAUAACUUCUGUUUGCUGAUUGGGCUGAUUGAAAUUCUACAUUGAAAUCGAGCUCAAUGGGAGAAAUCUCAGAUGGAGCAUUGAAGGGAGAUGAGAAUCAAGUAAAAGGCAAUGGCCAGGCUACCAGAAACAGCUUUCUUCUUGCCUCUCUUCCGUAACUUGCGGAAUGAAGAAAUUUUAGUUGUCAUGUCAAUAGUUUCUUCCUCUUGAGCUGUGUGUCUCAGCAGCUCCUCCACAGUUACCAAGGGCCUCUUGGCUGCCUCUCUGAUAUUUGCCAUCCUUACCUGUCCUGUCAGUUUAGUUAGACGAGAACGUCUUUUAACAAUACAUUGAAAAUAAGAAAAUGUUCCAUUCAUUUUCUUAUUUUCAGAAUAUGGACUGAUCAGACCUCUGGUGAGAUGUUCUAAGCUUGUGAUGUUGUAUUGUAACAUUAAACAAUAUCCCAUCUGCUGUGGUCCUUGGUCUUCAUGAUGCUGUUUGCUCUCUAAUAAACCUCUGAGACCUUCACAGAACAUCUGCAGACUAUUUCCUAAAUGGUUGCACAGGAUUUCUUUCAGGGAUAUCAAAGUAAGCUUUACAGGUAUAGGUCUUCAUCUCAUCGCAUUUUCAGACUGAACAACAUCUCCAAAGCCCUAGCUUUCCUGGACGACAGACAUGUGAAGCUUCUUGGCAUCGACGCCUCCGGCAUCGCUGAUGGCCUCCCUUCUGUUGUUCUCAACCUCGUCUGGAACAUUAUCCUCCACUUCCAGGUGAAGGAGGCGACAGGAGGCCUGCAGAGACAUUUGUCCUCCAGCCUGUCUUCCUUAUCGCUGAGCGCCUACCCUUCCACCAGUGACCUCUCACCUCAAACCUGUGACAAUGGCAGCUACUCCUGCAACACUCUGCCUAGGAAAGGGAAAAAGGCUGAAAGGGAGCCAAAGUACCACAGCCAAGCCAUCAAGACUCUCCUGCACUGGGUCCAAAGAUGCACGUCAAAGUACGGCGUGGAUGUGGAUGACUUCGGGGCCAGCUGGAGGAGUGGAAUGGCUUUUCUGGCUUUGAUUAAGUCCAUAAACCCGGACCUGGUCAACCUGAGGGAGAGCUUGUCCAAGGAACCAAAGGAAAAUCUCCGCCAGGCCUUCAUGCUGGCCCACCAGUGUUUGGAUGUACCCCCUCUGCUGGAGCCUGAGGACGUGGCGUGCGCCUCGCCGGACGAGCAGUCCAUCAUAACAUACGUGUCGAUGUUCCUGGGGGAUCAUUCGGUCACAGAUGAGGGUCACAUGGCACAGUUUGAUUUUCACGAGAUUCCCAGCUUUGCGUCUCGUGAACCAGUCGGCCUUGGACAGACCCUGGCUGACCACCCAGAAGCCCGAGCUCUGCUCAGAACCUUUGAGAAAAGCGAUGAGCAACGACUGUGGAGACAAUGGUCCAGAAAAUCUUCAGAGACGUCCAGAGCCCACAACUCCAACAUGAGUGGAAGCCCCGAAACUUCCUUUCCCUUUACUCAAAGAGCGUUAGAGCCACCAAGUCCGCUGGAAGCAGGCAUAGCCAACCAGGAUAUUCGAUCGUGGAUGGAUAAGAGUUCGGAUCGAGGCUACGGUAAGAGAAGCUACGUUUCCCAGAGCUCCGAAGAAGGAAUCUACAGCUUGUCGGCAUUGGACUCAGACGAAGAGGACGCUUACAGCUACAUCCUGGAUCUGAAUAAAGAUGUUUUCCGACCAAGUAAUCCAUCGAAAAGACAAGUACCAAAAGUAGAAGAGGAAACAGCCGAGGAGAUGGAGGAAGAGUCGAAACAUCUGGCAGCGCUGGGGAUGUUUAACGGAGGCGGACAUAAACAAGAAGGACAUCUCAGGGCAAACAGGAAGUUGGAUUUGGACAAGAUCAAAAGUAUCCUUAGAGAGACGACAAACAAGAGGGCUGUGUUUGACUUGGAGCCAGAGGCCCAGAGAGGAACAAACAGAGACACUUACACUGAGAAAGAAAGCAACAGAAGGAUGGAGAGUGAUGGCAAAGAGAAAGAUGGGUUUGACAAAGUUCAAGAUGGUGGAGUAAAAGCAACUAUUUUUGAAGUAGCAAGUUGGAAAUAUGCUGAGGAAGGAGGAGCAGAGCUCUCUGGAAAAUUGGGACUUGCGAGUGAGAGAACAGUGGAGGAAGAUUUGGGAAGAUUAAAGGAAGGGCAGGAUCUAAAGGAACCGAGUGAGUCAGAAGAAGCUCGUGUCGAGAAGAAAGACACAGGAAGUCAGAAACGUGGGAAAUUACAAAGUUUCAAUGAGAAAACUGCAGGAAAAAUGUCCUCAGAAGAUGCUGGUUUUAACAUCCUGAAUACAAAUGGGGCUACAAUCAGCAACACGGGCUGUGGAGCUGAAGUGAAAAUGAAGGAAGCUGGUCAUCUAAUGAAAUCAUCUGAUUACGGGUUCGUUCAAACAGAAGACUGGAGGAAACGGGAACCUGCGAUCAGCAGGCUUGAGGAUCUGAAAGCAGAUCAGAGAACUACCCCCGAAAGCCUUCCUGAUGACGUCCAUGAGGGCGAUAACAGUCGGACUGUGGCCUGCAGGGAGUCUUCUCAGUCAUUAUGGAACAACGGAGAACUCAGUCUUCAGUCUAUAGCAGCCUGCUGUAACUCAACCCCAUUAGAGCUGGAAGUCCUGCUGCUCCUGUGGAUCUCGCUCUACUGCUACCUCAUCCUGCCUCAGAUGUACCUAUGAGUCAACUUGGCUGUACAACCUCGCAUCAAAAACACGCUUAAUUAGACCAGUUUCCUCUAAAGGGGCAAACAGAGACUCUACGACUGGCCUGGCUUCUCUUCCGGUUCAUUAAAUUUCCCUCAGGGUCACAUUGAAGGAUUAGGUUUGCAGAUUAUUGCCAGCAGGUUUAACACGGUCAUAGCUGUGGUAAUCAUUUCUAAUAAUCUGCUUGAUUAUAUUGAUUUCUAGUGUUCUCAAAGUGAUUGUUGCUGCUUAAAUGACCAGAACACCGUUGACGUCAGGGGCGGAGGGGGAAUUUUCCUGGAAAAAAAUGAAUUCUUUCAGAUGUAGUUGACAUAACCCACCACAUGGUGGCAUCGCAGCAUUACAGGAGCUGUGCAUUAACCGGGGCGUUUGGUUGUCUGCUGAGAAUCCAACAUGACCUGCUGUUUAGUUCCAAUCCUGAGAUUAUAUUGAUAAUAUUUAACGAGGCUAUUACUAAAAUAAACUGGUUUUGUCCACGUAACUUUACAGUCAUUUAAACCUGUAAUCAACCACAUUAUCUUCCUAUAGAGAUCCUAAUUUACAACAUGGAGGCGGGAAUGUAUUGGCGCUCAUGUUGUAAAAAGCUGUGCAGUAAAUUUAUUUUUAAUGCAAUUGCAAAUGGAAAAAAACGGUGGGAAGUAAUUGUUUUUGAUGAAACUAUUGUUGGGACACUUAUUUGUACCUCUAAUAAUAAUUAAGGAGGAGAACGGUU